CGCGUGAAUGUGGAGAUGUGUAGUCUCUGCUGUGAGGUGUGCAAUCAAUAUAGCCCAAAGUGUUCGCUUUUGCGUGUGAACUGAAGGAGUGACAGUGUCCUACGAGGAUCAUGGUGCCGGCAGCCAGGAUUAUCCGUCUCGUGGUCGCAUACAGCCUCUGUUUGUACUACAAUGUCAAGUUCAUCCUCUUGCUCAUCUUGGGAUACCUGCUCAAGGGUCACACGCAGUUCCUCGAGGUCAAAGAGCGCCCCACGCCGCCGAAGGCACUCCAAGAUCCGCGAUACGGGAAUCAUAAGUACAUCACCGUGAAUGGCAUUAAACUACACUACGUGGAGAAAGGCGAUCAAAAUAAACCGCUGAUGCUCUUCGUGCACGGUUUUCCCGAAUUUUGGUACUCGUGGCGACAUCAGAUUGUGGAAUUCUCCAAGGAUUAUUGGUGCGUUGCCAUUGAUAUGCGAGGCUAUGGCGACUCCGAUAAACCAACUGGACUUAAGCCGUACAAGAUCGACAAUAUGGUAGAUGACGUGCGUGAGCUCGUGAAGGCUCUCAAUCGCGAUCUCUUCACACUCGUUUGUCAUGAUUGGGGCGCCGUUAUCGGCUGGCGAUAUCUGCUCCGCUACAUGAACACUGUGGAGAAGUACGUGAUGAUCGGCGCGCCGGCGGUGGAGGUUUACGGCGUUGUGGCGCAGCGGGAAUGGGAUCAGUUCCGCAAGGGAUGGUACGUGUUUUUCUUCAAGGCGCCCAUCGUGCCCGAGAUAUCGCUGCGGACCAACGAUCUGGGCGUCUUCGAAGCAAUGAAGACGGGCAGCACAACUGCAGAGGACAUCGAGGCCUUCAAAUACACUUUCCAGAAGCGCGACGCCUUGACGUACCCACUGAACUACUAUCGGGCGAACGGGUUUGGGGCUGUGCCGCGAAUCAAGUCGAAGCCCGAGAAGUACGCACCCGGAUUGUUCUUGCUGGGCGAGAAGGAGCAGUACAUCUCCCUGUCCACGGGAGCCGCCAUGGAGAAGGCCUAUCCUAACCUCACGUACAAGCUCGUGCCGGGAGCCACACACUUCGCCCAGCAAGAUAAACCCACUCUGGUCAAUGAGAUGAUGAGGAAGUUCCUCGCCUCAUCCCACAAAUGAUAACUUAUUUAUUCACUUGAACAUCCAUCUGUGCAUUAUGUAUUACUGGCCUCCGCAGUUUCCUCUCCAUCGUUUGGUAUUAAAG